CUACAUAAAAACAUACCAGAAGAAGAAGCAACAUCCGCCUCAAGUUGUGCAACGUUCCAGUGCGUGUGUUGUGUUUACUGAUUCCAAAGUUAUUAAUGACUGUUUUAAAAUAGCGAAAGUUACUGACAAAGAAGAGGAGCGGCUGCUACACGUUUAACAACAUGAAGCUUAACAUCGAUGGCCUGCUGGUGUAUUUUCCGUAUGACUACAUUUAUCCUGAGCAGUACUCCUACAUGCUGGAGCUGAAGCGGACCCUGGAUGCAAAGGGUCAUGGAGUCCUGGAGAUGCCGUCAGGAACAGGGAAGACGAUCUCUCUGCUGUCUCUCAUUGUUGCCUACCAAAAGGCUUUUCCUUUGGAAGUGACCAAACUAAUUUACUGCUCCAGAACAGUCCCCGAGAUCGAGAAGGUUGUGGAGGAGCUGAGGAAGUUGAUGGACUAUUAUUCCAAGCAGACUGGAGAAGGCAACAACUUCCUGGCUCUGGCUCUUUCCUCCAGGAAAAACCUCUGCAUCCACCCGGAGGUGAGCUCCCUGCGCUUCGGUAAGGAGGUUGAUGGGAAGUGCCACAGUCUGACGGCCUCGUACAUUCGUGCACAACGCCACAGCAACCCCAACCUGCCUGUGUGUCGCUUCUAUGAGGAGUUCGAUGCGGUCGGCCGACAAGUUCCUCUUCCUGCUGGCAUCUACAACCUCGACGACCUGAAAGACUUUGGCAGGAGGAAAGGCUGGUGUCCGUACUACCUGGCUCGCUACUCGAUCCUGCAUGCUAACAUCGUAGUGUACAGCUACCAUUACCUGCUGGACCCCAAGAUAGCUGACCAGGUGUCCAAAGAGCUGGCCAAGAAGUCUGUAGUGGUGUUCGACGAGGCUCAUAAUAUCGACAAUGUUUGCAUCGACUCCAUGAGCGUGAACAUCACCAGACGAACGCUCGACCGCUGCCAGAGCAACGUGGACACGCUUCAGAAGACCAUACAGAAGAUAAAGGAGACGGAUGCUGCUAAACUGAAGGAGGAGUACAGGCGAUUGGUGGAGGGGCUGAAGGAAGCCAACAUUGCCAGAGAAACAGACGUCUACCUCUCAAAUCCCGUGUUACCAGAUGAAAUUCUUCAAGAGGCAGUGCCCGGCACUAUUCGCACAGCUGAGCACUUUGUGGGUUUCUUGAGACGCUUCCUGGAGUAUCUGAAGUCCCGUCUGAGGGUCCAGCACGUCGUGCAGGAGAGCACGCCGCAGUUCCUCAAAGACAUCUUCGACAAAGUCUGCAUUGACCGCAAGCCUCUCAGGUUUUGUGCAGAACGCUUACAGUCUUUGCUACGGACUCUGGAGAUUGCCGACAUCGCGGACUUCUCUGCUGUUACUCUCAUCUCUAGCUUUGCUACGCUGGUCAGCACCUACAGCCAAGGUUUCACCAUCAUCAUCGAGCCCUUUGAGGACAGAACUCCAACCAUCGCCAACCCCGUGCUGCACUUCAGCUGUAUGGACCCGUCCAUAGCCAUCAAACCCGUCUUUCAGAGGUUUCAGUCAGUCGUCAUCACCUCGGGGACUCUCUCUCCGCUGGACAUCUAUCCCAGAAUCCUCGACUUCCGCCCGGUUACCAUGGCAUCCUUCACCAUGACGCUGGCACGUACCUGCCUCUGUCCUCUGAUUGUUGGCAGGGGAAACGAUCAGGUGGCCCUGAGCUCAAAGUUUGAGACCAGAGAAGACUUUGCUGUGAUUCGAAACUAUGGCAACCUGCUCCUGGAGAUGUCGGCGAUCGUUCCUGAUGGCAUCGUUGCGUUUUUCACCAGCUACGUCUACAUGGAGAACAUCGUGGCGUCCUGGUAUGAACAGGGAAUCCUGGAGAACAUCCAGAGAAACAAACUGAUCUUCAUUGAGACUCAGGAUGCUGCAGAGACGAGCAUGGCCCUGGAGAAAUACCAGGAGGCAUGUGAGAACGGCAGAGGAGCCAUCCUGCUGUCGGUGGCCCGGGGAAAAGUGUCCGAGGGGAUAGACUUUGUGCACCACUUUGGCCGAGCAGUCAUCAUGUUUGGAGUUCCUUAUGUUUACACGCAGAGCCGCAUCCUUAAGGCUCGUCUGGAGUACCUGCGGGACCACUUUCAGAUCCGAGAGAAUGACUUCCUGACAUUUGAUGCCAUGCGUCACGCGGCGCAGUGUGUGGGCAGAGCCAUCAGAGGAAAGACGGACUACGGACUCAUGAUUUUUGCUGACAAGCGUUACGCCCGAGCAGACAAACGUGGGAAGCUUCCUCGCUGGAUUCAGGAGCACAUCAACGACGGCAGCCUGAACCUCACGGUGGACGAGGCCAUCCAGCUCUCCAAGCACUUCCUGCGGCAGAUGGCCCAGCCCUUCAGACAGGAGGACCAGCUGGGUCUGUCCCUGCUGACCCUGGAGCAGCUGCAGUCGGAGGAGAUGCUGCAGAAAAUCACCCAGAUCGCUCACCAGUCCUGAAGGGGACACGUCGUCACCAUGGCGACGCCCACGCUGAUGCCAGCAGCCGUUACAGCGACAGUAUUAGACGUGGCUCACGGAGGAGGACAUGACAGAAACGCCAACAGUAAUGAACCUUUACUUGACGUUAAAACAGAAGCGUUUACUUCACUAUCACUUCAGGAGCCAGAAAAGAUGAACACGUGUUAUGCUUGUUGUUUUAAAGACGUGCUGUCCUGAUAAGUUAACAUGUUUAGUUUCAAAUUUGUUGUUGUAAGUAAGUUGUAAACAGUCGUUGUCAGCGGGUCAACAUGGUGUAACGUUGGUCCAUUUUAGCGUCUGUCAUACAGGCAAGACUUCCAGUUUCCUUUGCUGCACCUGUACAGUCACAUUUUAUACUGAACACGAAUACAAUCGGUUUUUCAAGUUUCCGAGUUUGGAUAUAAAUGUUUGUAUUUAACGGUUGA